AUGCAUGGCGCAGGGAACUCUGCAGUGGUACGGAGGAUUUGUCAAAACCAGCCUAGAAACAUCGGGAGUCUGCCUUCCGCUUCUCCACAUCAUCCGCCGAGAUAUGUCCUCAUCGAACAUGUAACUCUGCGUACUACAUGUUCACCUCUCCACCGUUCCUGGACUAUCCGGAACCGCCGUGUGGCAACACUUCUCGUAUCCGACCUGCCUUUACCGGAUGACCCUGGUCGGAUUGGGACAAAUACUUACUUUUGUGGCGUUAACGCAUAG